UUCAAAGUGGAAACACUGUAGAAAAAUUACAUCCCCUUGCAAACCUAAAAAAAAAGGGAAUGUCUUUUCGAGCCAUUGCUUCUAAGCGAAUACUUGUCACACAGCGCUGUUUAUGUCGUCAGUCAUCUAGCUUUACUGGUUCCAAGAAUUCACUUGAAAAGAUACAAACAGAUCUCAAGAGUCAAUUAGACCAGUAUAUCAACAAACUUCAUAAAGCCUCAGACAAGUUUAAGCAGCUGACAAGUGAGGUGAAUAAUUCCAAACAAGCUUUACAAAAAGCAAGUCGCGUAUUAAAUGAGCUGACAGGAUAUAAUCAUAUUGAAACAGUAAAGGAAAAGGUGACUCGACAAGCUGCAUUAUUUGAAUCAACUCGUGAUGAGGUACAAGUAGCCAAAAGAGAAUACGAACAAGCAAUCGAAACACGCUCGAGCACACAGCGAAGUAUCAAUGAGCUACUACAACGGAAACAUCUUUGGACAGCAGACGACGUGACCAAGUUUACAGAACUCUAUAGACUCGAGCAUGCACAUACCCAAGCAGAGAUGACAGCCAAAGAAAGAUAUCAGACAUGUGAAAAGCAAAUGGAUAGGGAAUAUAUGGAGCUAGCACGAUCCAUCAUGGAGAGGUAUCACGAAGAACAGCUUUGGAGUGACAAGAUCAGAAGCGCAAGUACGUACGGUACUUGGGCACUUAUGGGCGUCAACUUGCUUCUCUUUGUUGCUGUUCAAACAGUGUUUGAGCCAAGGAAACGAAAGAGAUUAACAGAUCGUUUCGAGGAAUUAUUGGUGGCCAAAGUGAAUGAGGAGGAAGAAAAGUUCAAACAUGUGUUUGAAUCUCUAGACGAAAAGGAUCGAUUGCUUGUACAGCAACAGAUUGCCCUCAUGGAGGCAGUCAACGGGUUAACUGAGCACCCCUUAUUUGAUCAAGCGACCCUAGAUGCUCUUAAACAGACCAACAAUAGUACAAACAAUCCGAUCGAAUCGCCUGAAACUAAUAAAGUCACCCCUCAUCAGACACCCCUUCUAGAUGACGACAAUUUAAUCAGAGCUAUCCUUUUACCUAUUGAAAAUCAGGUUGAUGACAAGGAUCAUUCAUACCUUUGGCAAUCUGUGCAAAGCGCGAUCGCGGGCGGUCUUGUCACAGCUAUCGCCAUUUACUUUUUAAAUCAAUAAAAUAAUAUAUAAUCAUGACG